UCAGCUCCCUUUGGAAUCAUUUUGCACUGCACCCUCCUCUCUCUCUCUCUCUCUCUCCACACUCUCUCUUUACUUUGAGGUUGUGUUUUUGCUGUCUUUAUGUGUUCCUGCUGCAGGAGACUCCUCGAGGAAAGCAUUCAGAAGACCAAACAGACAGACGGCUUAAAGCAGUGGACUCUUAGCACACCGUUUCACCAUGCAGAGUUUACGCUUCUCCCUCCUUAUGUUUCUUCAGGUUUCUAUACCCUUCGUGUCUCCUGCACCAACUCAGUGCCCGAGCCAGUGCCACUGUCACGGUGAUCUGCAACACGUCAUCUGCGACGGCGUCGGUCUGAAGAAAAUCCCCCGCAUCUCCGAGGCCACCCGUCUGCUCAACCUCCAACGCAACAACAUAGGAAACCUUCCAACCGGGGGCUUUAGCGAAAUGAAGGGGCUCAUUUCUCUGCACCUGCAGCACUGUCAGAUUCGCGAGAUCGCCAAACAGGCUUUCAAAGGACUGAAUAAGCUUUUCUACCUCUACCUGUCUAACAAUGACAUCAGCGCCAUCAAACCGGGUGCUUUCGAGGACCUCACUGAACUUACGUAUCUCUACUUGGAUGGUAACCAAAUCUCCAGUCUUCCAAAGGGCAUCUUCUCUCCCAUGAUCAACCUGUUUACCCUCCAGCUUGACAACAACAAGCUCUAUGACCUGCAGCCGGGUACUUUCACAGGUGCAGCGGAUCUCAGGUGGCUUCAUAUGAGUGGUAAUGAUAUGAGCUCCCUUCAGCCUGGUUCUCUUGAUGAAGUGGAGAACUUGGCGACUCUAACCCUGGACCGCAACAAGCUGUCCACAUACCCUCUUCAGGCUAUGAGCAAGCUGCGUGUUAUAGAGGAACUCAACUUAUCCCACAAUCCUCUAAGCAUCAUACCUGACUACGCAUUCAGGAGUUUUGGACGCUACAUGGAGAAGCUUCAUCUAAAUGACAUGGGCUUGGAGAAGUUCUCCAACGCUGCCUUCGAAGGAGUGACCGCUCUCAAAUCUCUACACCUUGAGAACAACAAGCUGAGGUCCCUGCCGGCCAGCCUGGACUUCACAAGCCUCGAAAACAUCACACUGUUUAACAACCCAUGGAGCUGCACCUGCCAUUUAACCAACCUCAGAAAAUGGAUGAACAAUAGUCGCCAGCAUCCUGACGCAGUUUGUGCUUCCCCCGGAAUCCAGAAAGGCAAGCAAAUAAGGGACAGCACUGCUUUCGUCCGUUGCAAGGCAAAGACGAAGACAGACAGAGCCAAGAAGGGUCCACGCCCUUGAUAUGCCAGUCACAGACGUCCAAAUACAGGCUCGGCCAACUGACCUGGCAACCGUAUUACUGUUUUCCAACACAAGCGAAAAGAAGACUGUCCAGUUGAUGGAACUUCAAGUGCAGAAAAUAAAAUCAAUGCAAAAUACUGAAGUUGAAUGACAACUUCCUCAGUCACACUUUUUUUGCGACAUUUAUAUGAACUGACUCAAUUCCUACUAAAUAGCAUGAAUAGCAUAAAUAUGUGUUUACAAACAAUGACGUGCAUCCAGAAGGAGCAACAGUUUACAUUUGCAAAGUGACAUUUUGGAAAAACUGCUGCCAAAGGAAAAGAACGGUAUACAUCAGUAUAAUUAAAUAAUCAUUGUUAAAGGGAUAGUUCACACAGAAAUGGAAAUUCUGUCAUCAUUUACUCACCCUCAGAUUGUUCCAAACCUGUAUUAAUGUCUUUGUUCUGCUAAGCACAGAGGAAGACAUUUAGAAGAAUGUCAGUAACCAAACAGAUCGUGCCCCCCAUUGACUCCCAUAGUAUUUAUUUUCCCUACUGUAGCAGUAAAUGGGGGAGGAGGUCUGAGGUUAAGUAAAUGACAGAAUUUUCAUUUUUUGGUGAACUUUACCUGAACUAUACCAGACACUUGACAUCUCAGAGCUUAUAUCACUCCUGAUAUCUUGAUUUUAGUGAUACGUUGGUUCAGAAAGCAUUUUAAGCAGUUAAAUGUGUUUAAGGGGGCUUGUAGUGCUACAAUUUUACUGGCAAUUGUAAGCAUUAUUUGAAUAUGCAAAAUAUUUUAUAAAAAUAACACAAAAGGCAA